CAAUCAUUCGAAUUCAGGUGCCUUUUGUGUAGUUUUCAAAAUUUUCAUUACCCUUUCUCUGACAAUCCAAAAAAAGACUUCGUGUCCCCCGUUUCGUAUUUUGGCUUUCGGUUUUCCGAUUCCCAUUUAGUGUUCCAUUUUCUCCAUGGGGGAUCGGGGUAAGACCGAGGAGGGGGCCGACUUCGAGACGGCUAUUGCCGAGUGCGGAUUCGGGCUCUUCAACGUGUUCAUCCUGUUCAGCGCUGUGCCCUGCCUGGCGGCGAUGGUCUUCUCGGCCUCAGCUCUAUCCUACGUGAUGCCCUCAGCGGAGUGCGACUUAAACCUGACUCUCGUCCAGAAGGGAAUGCUGAACGCAGUCACCUAUGGGGGCAUGAUCCUUUCAGCGGUGCCGUGGGGUUUUAUGGCCGACACCUUCGGACGCCGGCCUGUGCUCAUUUCCGGAGGUUGGCUAGACGGUAUCUUCAUCCUGUGCGCCGCUCUCAGCCAGGACACCUUACAGCUGAUGAUCUUCAAGUUCUUUGACGGAUUAAUAAUAUGUGGCCCCUUUGCGGUGGUGGUCAGCUACCUGGCGGAGUUCCACGGCAAGAAGCACCGUCCUUACAUAAUGCUCUUCGUCGGCCUGGCCGUGUCUAUGGGCUCGAUGAUGCUGCCCUUUCUGGCUUACUUCCUCAUGCCGGUGUCCAUCUACUUUAAGGUGGGCUCUCUGGAGUUUAGAACCUGGCAUGUGUUCCUGGCCAUUUCGGCAAUACCCAGUCUGCUAAGCGGAUUCCUGCACAUUUUCCUGCCGGAGAGCCCCAAGUUCUUGAUGGCCCAGGGGAAUUACAACAAGGCCCUGAAGUCCUUGCAGCGGAUCUAUCAGAUCAACAAACGCAAGAGCAGAGACAGUUAUCCGGUGAAGCACCUAUCCGAUGUCGUGCCGGAUCGAUCCGAAGUCUUGGAGCAAAAGAGUCGAGCGUCCUCCCUCAAGGAGCGCUUCCAAAAGACGAAAGAAAAAUUCCUUGAGGGAACCCGGCAGAUCAAACCGAUGUUCCGGAAGCCAUACUUGUCCAUAUCCAUUCAAGUUUACUGUCUGCAUUUCUGUCAGAUUACCUGCGUCAACUCUGUGCGCCUGUGGCUGCCACAGAUCUUUGCCACGAUGCACGUCAUGGAGGCCCAGGGAUUCAAUGACACCAGCAUGUGCGCCGUGGUGGAGCACAACAACCUGGCCAUGACUCUCAACCAGGAGGAGAAGAAGAUGGAGUGCGAUCUACGCCACAGCCCGGAUAGCUACUUGGACAACAUAACGGUGUCGGGGAUUGGCUUGCUUGGAUUCAUCCUCAUCUUUCCACUGCUGCGCAUCCGGUUGGUGGCGCACCACAUACUGAAAGUGUUCCUGUUCUUCUGCACCUUCCUGGUGGGUGGACUCUACUUUUGCACGGACACCCUGGUGACAAUGCUGGUCUCUGCCAUUUAUCUCACGUUGAUGGGAAUAUGUGCCACGACAAUAAUCAGCAUGUCCGUGGUGAUUUUUCCCACUCUAAUGAGGACAAUGGUGCUUAUGCUGAUCAUGACCUUUGGACGACUGGGAUCUUUGAGCGGAAACAUUGUGCUGCCAAUCUUCAUGCAAAUCAGCUGUAUGGCGCCCUUUCUUUGGCUCUGCUCCUUGAUGGCCGCUGCCUUCUUCUUUUCGCUGUUCCUGAAGGUGGACGAUCAGCAGCCCCUCGUCUAGACCCCCAUGGACCCCUCGAUUAAUCAAGGCAGCCAUCCAACCGCUUCAUGCGGCCAACUCAACAUAAUUACACUUUAUUCGCAGUCACAAGCACACAAAUUUGAUUAAUUUCUACAUCAAGGCAACAAAAAACAAAAACAAUAAGCCAGCAAAAAGCUACUCAUCUGGGAGUUAAUUAUGUUUUUGCGGUCGCCAAUUAAUUUUUGCAUGCAAAACUGAAUCGCAGCUCUCGCGCUUCGCUGGACGACAAAGUGAUUUUUCUUUGUCUGACUAAAAGUUUCGCCGUGGGCAUCCUUUUGCCCCGCGGCAAGGGUCCUGGCAUUGCCACAAACCACACUGCAACCAUAAAUCAGCUUCUAACCGACACCAGUCGGACGGCGUCCUGGUUGCUUUUGGCGACAGAAUCAAUAGCAUUUUCCCAGGGAUGCGUACUCACGGCGUGUGCUUCAUGCUGACACACAUGGAGAUUCCGCUGUAUCCUAUUUCCAGCCACUUUCCCUUCCUCCUUUUCCUCAGAAACUAACCCCGGCUGUCAAAACAAAGUCAAGCGGUAAUUGACACAUGUUGACUUGGGGGCGGAUGUCUUGGGAGUAUUGGGACUCGUCCUGGUCAUGUCCCGGAGUCUGGUCUGCACUUUCGGUUCAAUUUAUUGGCGGGGCUCCCACACCCAAGCGGAUCAGUUUAUUGGACGGAUGUGGUGGUCUGACCAUGUCGUACCUCUGGUAGGGAAGAACUACAAGGAAGAGCUCAGUUCAGGGAAAUGUCUUUUUUUAUAUUAGAAGACGCUUUAAAUAGAUCCUUGAGGGAGAAAAUAGGUGACUCGAGCGAUUUUUUAAUGUUCAUUUCAUUACCAUAUUAAAUAUUUGUUUAAAGCAAAUAAAAUAGUCGAGCUUUUUCCGCCCGACUAUGCAUUUUUACAAAAUUUGCCUAAAAGCCUGCUUAAUGCAUAUCUUUAUUUGCUCAGGAGGAUGCCCAGGUCCUGUGUCUUCGCAGCUUUCUAUUUUGGCGGCCCUCAGGCUCCGGGCAGCUCCGCUCUAUAAAAACACAGGAACAACAAAUGCGCAUAAAUUUAUCAUAAUAAACAUGCAUAAAUCGCGGUGAAUAUAAACACGGAAACCCCCAAAAAUGUGUAGAAAUAUGCUUUGGGCGAAAUGGGGGCGGAUGUGCGAGCGAUUUUGGGGCGGGGCUAAAUGUAGGCUAUAAACUAAGCGAAACAAGAUCGUAAAAAAGCCAAAAAACAUGGGUGCGUGCUCUGGACCGAAAUGAGGUCUAUAGUUACAUGAGGGUGUCCAUUUGGGGGGUUGCUGGAUGGGCUGGAUGGGCUGGACGGGCGAAGGACCUGCCUGAAUGGCUAGUCAUAAUCAUGGGGAGCACGAAAUGAAAGUGUGCAGAGGGGAGGGGCGGCUAAAUAGAGAGGCAGACAUAAACAUAUCCAGACAUUAGCAAACACAAACGCAACAAACAAACAGGAAAGCAAACAAACAGAAACACACAGGCGAACGCAAAAUCACAAUCGUUCAUUUGAGCAGUCCUUGAAGAGGCCAUUGUUUGUGUGUGCGAAUGCGUGGGAGGGUCUGGGCAUGGGUGAGGGUAUGUGGGUGUCCCGUGUCCUGUGUCCUCUGCCAUCAUUUACAGGUCAAUCAUCAUAUCAACACGCCGGCAGAACCUAUUCGAGGGAGCAACGCCAAGGUGAAAGUAAUACCAAGUGCAUGUGGAAUGAAAAACAAUACUGGAGUGAAAAUAAAAAUAAAACUAGCUUCAGACGGAUCAGCUUUGCCGCACUAAGUAAAAAAUAAGGAUAUCCUACCUUUUAGGGAGGACACAGUCUUUUAAAAAUAAGAAACAAAGGAGCUGUCUAGGAGAUUCUUUAUUAUUUAUUAGUUGUGUUAUGUUUUAAUUAGAAAUUUGGUUAAUUAUUAAGGAUAUUGAUUAAUGAAAAGUGCUAAUUGUUUAUUAACGCUACCUAUUAUUUGAAUAUAUUUAAAAACUUGUAGAGCCUAAGGUCGCUGUUUCAAAAUAAAGAAGCUUAAUGUUUCCAUAAUUCGCGUGCUGAGCAACAUGUUGCUAAGGCACUUGUGUUGCCAGCUUUCUCUCAACAGGUUGUGCGUUCGUUGCCAGUGAUUGCGAGCGUGAAAGGAGGCGUCUUUGUAUACGUGUUGCAACAUCGCAUUACCGACCCAGCAGCAGCCCCAGCAGCACAGGACAUUGUAUUCCCUUCGACAUAAAGCGCUCAGUCGGCGGCGGCACUCGCAGCGCUUAAGAACGCGCGCAGAAACGCUUGUUACAAAGUGCGUCGGAUCUUGAAACGCAGUGUCCUGCCCACUGUUGAACAGGGACUUCGGUUUGGGGCUCGUGUCCUUCUCGAGAGAGUGUGGGUUCUGUGUUUUCUUUUAAGCCUGCCAAAAGCACAAUAGCCAGUAGUUCUUUUCAAAAAUUACUACAAAUGGUAUCUGCGACAAAAAAUCUCUAAAGUAAACAAAGCAAUGGAAUGAAAUAGUGAAUGUGAUUUCAAUGCGAAAUUAAAUGCUCGUUAAGUGAUUAAAUCGUGUGGCAUUUUAAUUAUCAAUUCAUUAAUCUGGCUUUGAAUUAUAAUGGAUAUGCUCUCUGAAAAAAAAAUUAGUUGUUUAUUAAAAGUAAUAAAAAGUGGGUGAAGAAAUUUUAAUCAAGUCACUAAAUUAUACAAGUUUAAUACAUAUACUAAAAAAUAUAAAAAUUUAAUAAAAUUUAAAUUUAAUUUAAUAAAAUGCAGAACUGUAUUUACAAAUAUCAAAC